UAACUAACUACUUGUACCAUAAAUAAAUAAUGCUAUUAACUCGAUUCAUUACAUCAAUCUCUCAUUUCAAUUCCAAAUCCAAUUUUCUUCUCCUUUCCUCCGCUACUAUGUCUUCCACCGCCGCCGUCGACGACGCCAAACACGGUUUCUCCCGUCCUGAGAUGUACAAACAAAAUCUCGCGGGAACCGUCGAUUCCUACGAUCGCCACGUGUUUCUCUGUUACAAGAAUCACCGCGUUUGGCCUCCGCGUGUUGAAGCCUCCGAUGAUGAUCCAUUAGUAAAACGCGUUGCUACUGCGUUUAAAGCGAGGAAAAACGACAUCGUCGUUAAGACGAAAAUCACGGUUUGUGAGGCGCGUGAGGAGGAUGGCUACUCCGACGGUGAUGUCUUGAUUUUCCCUGAAAUGAUCAAAUACAAGGGUUUGAAGGAAUCAAAUGUUGAUAGCUUUUUCGACGAUGUUAUGGUGGGUUGUAAAUCAUGGGGUGAUGGAGUGCAGAAUGCGGUGGCAGGUUCAUACAUUUUUGUGUGUGCUCAUGGAAGCCGUGACGUGAGGUGUGGUGUUUGUGGGCCUGUUCUUAUUGACAAGCUCAAUGAAGAAAUUCAGCUCCGUGGAUUGAAAGAUCAGAUAUCUGUUAUGGCGUGUUCUCAUGUUGGUGGCCAUAAGUAUGCUGGCAAUUUAAUCACAUUUAGUCCUGGACCAGAUGGAAAAAUUAUGGGUCACUGGUAUGGCUAUGUUACUCCUAAUGAUGUGCCUGCCUUGCUAGAUCAACACAUCGCCAAGGGAGAGGUCAUACAAAAACUAUGGAGAGGCCAAAUGGGGCCACCUCUUGAUGAACUUAAGGGAGCAAAUGACCAGAAGCUCGCUAAUGGAGAUGAUACUCACAAGAGCAAGAAGAAUGUAGAACUAGAAAGUAACAAUCUGAGCAACAAUGAAAAUGUGGCUGGUUGCUGCCAGGGUGUUAAUGGGGUUUCUUGUUGCAGAAGUGCAAGUUUUGAGCAAAAUAAAGUAGUUGAUGAAACCGUGGAAGCAAAUAAAAAACAGGGGUGCCAAGUAUGUUGGAGUUGGCGUGUAUUACAGCAGCGUGAUAUUCUUACAGCUACCGGUAUACUUGGAGCUUUAGCUGUUGUUGCUGUUGGUUACAGAUUUUAUAGAAGGUCAGGCUGAGAGCUUGAUGGUACGUUCUAUAGUUCUCACUCUUUUCAUUAAGAAAUAAUGAUGGAAUCAUUUUAAAUAAGUCUUAUGUACAAGCUUCUAUUUAUUGGAAUUGAAGAGAUAGUGGAACCUGACUAGAGAUGUAAUGAUGAAAAUUUUAUACAUAUAUUUCAUCUUAAAAAUUUUCAAUACAAUUAUGUUUUGUUGUAUUUGUUCCUCUAUGUUACUGCUUUUGUAGUAAAUUCAAAAUUUAGUGUGAUAAUUGAACUUCAAAUAUGUUUGUUUC